AUGGAGUUGAAGGAUAUUGACCCAUCGGGAAUUUAUUUACAGGAAAGGCUUUUCAAACCCCGAUACUCUGCCGUUUUUCUCGUCACCGUGCGGGAUGUGACUUGUGUCAUGAAAGUGCAUCACGGUCGUGGGCCCCCAGAGUACUAUGAGCCCCAAGAUCGGGAGCUCGACAUCCAUGUCCUAGAAUCAACGGCCUACAUUCGACUAAAAGAGCGAGGCUUAUGCGAACGGGGAAUUGUCCCUUAUUAUCUGGGUUCAAUGAGGAAAUUUGAUCCAGCACUAUGUCAGCCUCACUUAAAGAUGUUCCUCGAAGAUGAUUAUCUGCCAAGUGCCCUCUUCCUAAGGUACAUUCCGAAUCAGCAAUCGCUUGACCUGAGCAACUACACACCUCAGCGAAUGAAGAACUUCAUGUCCGGUAUAGAGGAAAUACAUAAUGCCGGUGUGUCUCACGGAGAUCCCAAGCCCCGCAAGGUGAUGGUCAUUACGGUCGACCCCGAACGAGUCGUCUGGAUGGAUUUCGACCGGGCGGAAACGCUCGAGGAAGGCCAUAUCACCGAGUGGCAAAAGCGCCAUUUGCAAGAUGACAAGGACCUGGUUGAUGGCGUGCGAAUAACUCUGGAAACCGACUAUGCGAGGGGAGAUGGGAAGCUUCAAGAGUCUAUCGUAUUUUUCUGUUCCUGA